CGCGCUGAGCGUCGCAAUUGCAUUUUGUUCUACAAUUACAAUUACUGGAAUUGCUUAAAGAAAAGAAAAAAAUUAACAAGAAGAGAAAGAGAGAGGGGGGAAAUGAAAUGGAAAACGUGUCGCGUCUCCUAAGUGGACCGGACAAUGGAAGUGGCUUCAUGCAGCAGUAUUGGUUCGCCCUUGGGAAACAAGUGCGCAGGAAAUAAGAGAAUCUGCUGCAAAAGCGCGUCGGUCCGCACCGGCCGGGUUCCCGCGAGCGCGCGCGACUCCGAAGCGACGCAUUGUAUCCCGGAACGCGUGUCACUGGAUGCGUGAAGAAAUAUAAAAAAAAGAAAAGAAAAAAACACACACACACGCGUAUGUAUUUAUUCCCUCUCACUUGGUUUGGAUUUGCGAUUUACGAGAGUUGAAAUCCGGACGUUGAAACUCGGCGUGCACGUGUGAAGCACGGAUGAAUUGACGGCGCUCGAGCAGGCUGUGUUGGCGCGCCGUUAUGGAUUGCCCGGAGUGAACGUCUGAAAUUCAACUGGAUCGCGUACCGAUCCGGAGAGCUGCUUCUGAAUACACGGACUGAAGCCUCCUUCGCUGGGUGCCAGCCCAGACAUCCGGUGUCAGGAUCAUGAUCAUCUCGUUUCUAUGGUCUUAAAACCAUCCCCUGGCUUACCUUUGGAUCUCUGGUACCCUAAAACCGAGCAGACACAAUAGCAAUCGAUCAUCAUCAUUAUCAUCGCAAUUCCGAAAUUCGUGCAGGGAAGAGCUCAAAGCUGGCACAAUGUGCAGAUUAAGCGCACUCGGAAUUUAUUUGUGGGAAACCCUAGUGUUUUUCAGCUUGGCAGCAUCCCAGCAAGCUGCAGCAAGAAAAGCUGCCUCCCCUAUGCCCCCUUCAGAAUUCUUGGACAAACUCAUGGGGAAAGUGUCUGGGUACGAUGCAAGAAUCAGACCAAAUUUUAAAGACCCACAAGGCCCCAAAUCGGAUGGUACUCACAAGAAAGGUCCACCUGUGAAUGUAACAUGCAACAUUUUUAUUAACAGUUUUGGAUCCAUUGCUGAAACAACAAUGGAUUACAGAGUGAACAUUUUCCUGAGACAGCAGUGGAAUGACCCCCGACUGGCUUACAGUGAAUACCCUGACGACUCCCUCGACCUCGACCCCUCCAUGUUGGACUCCAUUUGGAAGCCAGAUUUGUUCUUUGCCAAUGAAAAGGGUGCCAAUUUCCACGAGGUUACCACUGACAACAAGCUGCUGAGGAUCUCUAAAAAUGGGAAUGUUUUGUAUAGCAUAAGGAUAACGCUGGUUCUGGCCUGUCCCAUGGACCUGAAGAAUUUCCCGAUGGACGUGCAGACUUGUAUAAUGCAGCUGGAAAGCUUCGGCUACACUAUGAACGAUCUGAUAUUUGAAUGGGACGAAAAGGGCGCUGUGCAGGUGGCUGAUGGACUGACGUUACCCCAGUUUAUCCUGAAGGAGGAAAAAGAUUUACGCUACUGCACCAAACACUACAACACAGGGAAGUUCACAUGCAUCGAGGCCCGCUUCCAUCUGGAGAGGCAGAUGGGCUACUACCUGAUUCAGAUGUACAUCCCCAGUCUGCUAAUCGUCAUCCUGUCCUGGGUGUCCUUUUGGAUCAACAUGGAUGCUGCUCCUGCUCGUGUGGGUCUGGGCAUCACCACAGUGCUCACCAUGACAACGCAGAGCUCAGGCUCUAGAGCCUCUCUGCCAAAGGUCUCCUAUGUGAAGGCCAUUGACAUCUGGAUGGCUGUGUGCCUGCUGUUUGUAUUCUCAGCUCUGUUGGAGUAUGCCGCUGUCAACUUCAUCGCUCGCCAGCACAAAGAGCUGCUGCGCUUCCAGAGGAGGAGACGACACCUAAAGGAGGAGGAGGCAGGUGAAGGGCGCUUCAGCUUCGCUGCCUACGGAAUGGGCCCUGCGUGUCUGCAGGCCAAAGAUGGCAUGGCCAUCAAGGGCAACAACAACGCGCCUGCCUCCAGCAUGCCACCUGAGAAGAGCGUGGAGGAGAUGCGUAAGCUCUUCAUCAGCCGCGCCAAGCGCAUCGACACGGUGUCGCGGGUUGCCUUCCCACUCGUCUUCCUCAUUUUUAACAUUUUCUACUGGAUCAUUUACAAGAUCAUCCGCAGCGAGGAUAUUCACAAGCAGUAAAUAUUCAAAGGAAAGGGUGAGAUCCGAGCUGAAAAAGCUGCCGCUAUCGCUGCCCACCGCCCCGCACCCCUCUUUCCCCUUUCCCUUUGCCAUUUUCUGUCCUCAGUACUUACUUGCUUUCAGUGCCGAGCCCCUGGCAGAGGUAUUUCUAGAUAUUUUUUUUUCUUCUGUCCUUUUCCUCCAUUUCCCCUGAAUAAUCUGGACCUGUGCAAUAGCAAUGCAGUAAAAUGCAUGAUAUAUGAAUGUGGCAAUAUAUUUACUAAAAAAAAAAAAUCUACAUAAAAAUGGCAACAUAAAUAUUCGACUUUUACAAAUACAUCAGAGAACCUCUGAGCAGACUAAAAUUCAAGAGGUUGUUGCUCUUGUGUGGCAUAUUUUUUCUUUUUUUUCUUCUUUUUUUGCAACUUGAAGACAUGCUGCAUUAUAGGGGUGUAAAGGAGAUUACACGCAGCACUGUAAUAUGUUGAGUAUUUAAAACGAAACUCAAAUUAUUUCAAGAGAGAUAACUGGAAAACGGAAAGGGUUUAAAAGAACGCCAUGCGGUUCGGUGCUUCCAUAUAUAAGUAAUGCAGGAGUCGCUGGAAUAUAUCUAUAUCUAUGUCUAGAUUUGCUUCAAUAUAUGUAUUGCAAGCACUUGUCAAUGCCCAGAUAAACAGGACGUCAUGCUGAUGAUGAAGUCCUGUCAUGAUGUCACCUUACCAGUGAAAGCUUGACGAGUGACCGUCAAAAAUAUAUUGUUUAUACCAGCUGUGGUCAGUGUGAAUUUUUUGUCCAAGUUACAUCAUUUACUCAUGUGCCAAGUGAACAGCAUGUUGCUGUACCAUUUUCCUCAGCUUUUGUGAUCAACAGUAAAAAAAAA